AUGUCGAAACAGCGAGUCCGCAUUUAUACAGCAGAGGAUGUCGCGGCUCAUUGCUCCUCCAAUAACUGCUGGCUCUCUCGCAAUGGCAAGGUCUACGACAUCUCCCGCUUCAUUAACGACCACCCUGGCGGAGACGACAUCAUUUUGAAGUAUGCAGGCAAAGCAGUCGAUGCUGCUAUGGCAGGCAAAGACGGAGAGGAACACCAGCACUCUGAUGCUGCCUAUGAGAUGUUGGACGAAUAUCAAAUCGGGAAACUGGGCACAGAGGAAAACAUCGUCAGUGAUGACUGGGUUGCAACAGACGACUUCCAUCCUGAAAACACAGACUCUGUGGAAGAUUUCAAAAAGAACCAAUUUUUGGAUCUGAGCAAGCCACUUUUGUGGCAAGUGUGGCAGAGCAACUUCAGUAAAUCUUACUACUUGCGGCAGAUUCACCAGCCCCGGCACGUACCCGAAUCAGCCCGGUUGUUCGCCUCGCCGAUUCUGGAGGCCACAACUCGAACAGUCUGGUGGGUCGUGCCGCUCUUUUGGACACCCAUCUUUACCUACCUGGGCCUUCGUUCGCUGGUGCAAUUUAACCUGGGUCCUAAUGCACUUCCCCUGUUUUCUCAACGGCCCGCGAUCCCUCUUCCUCUCAUCAUCCACGCCCUUACCUCGACCAAUCUUAUGAAGCUCGGCACUUGUUUCCUUCUAGGGAAUCUUAUAUGGACCAUCCUCGAGUACACCCUUCAUCGCUUCUUAUUCCAUAUCGACGACUGGCUUCCGGACCAUCCAUUCGCCAUCAUUACCCAUUUUUUGAUGCACGGAGUCCACCAUUACCUUCCGAUGGACCGCCUCCGGCUGGUCAUGCCACCAAUUCUCUUCUACUCCCUCCAGGCUCCGUUCACGCAUCUGGCACAUAGGAUUUUCCCGACUGCGGUCGCCAACGGGAUCAUUUCUGGUGCUUUUGCGUUCUAUAUUCUUUACGAUUGCAUGCACUACGCGCUACAUCACACCAAUUUACCCCCGUAUAUGCGUGAGCAAAAGCGUUAUCACCUCGCCCAUCAUUACAAGAACUUUGAACUCGGGUUUGGAGUCACGAGCAAAUUCUGGGAUAUCAUUUUCAACACUGCUCUGACUCUUUAA